AUGGCGUCCGCCGCCCGCAAGCGCGCCCGCACCGGCGGCGGCGGCGAGGAGGAAGACGAGGAGCCCGUGCCGGUCGCGGAUGGCUUCGAGGCGCCCAUCUUUGGCGCGCGCGUCGUCGGCCAGGUCACCACGCCCACGCUCGAGGGCGAGGACGGCCCUCUAUCGCUCGGUCCGGUUGGCGUCGCGAGCGACCACGCGGGCGCCUGGUACGUCGCUACCAAGGACUCGCUGCUGCAAGUGAAGCCUUCUACUUGCCGCGUGGCAGCCUUGCCGGCAAGUGAAGCCUUCUACACCGUUGCUGCCAGCCCAGACGGGAGCGCGGUGUUUGUGGCGGACUCCAGCGGCAACCAGAUUCGGCGGGUGGAGGUGGCGACUGGCGCUGUGACCACGCUCGCGGGCAGUGGCGAGAAUGGCGACGCGGAUGGCGUGGGCGAGGCGGCGCAGCUCUGCUACCCAGCCGGCAUCGCCGUCAGCCCAGACGGCAGCGCCCUUUUUGUGGCGGACGUCGACAACCACAAGAUCCGGCGGGUGGAGGUGGCGACUGGCGCGGUGACAACGAUCGCUGGCAGCGGCGACGCGGGCGACACGGAUGGCGUGGGCGAAGCGGCGCAGUUCAGCUACCCCUACGGAGUCGCCAUCAGCCCAGAUAGCAGCGGACUGUUUGUGGGGGACUGCAGCAACCACAAAAUCCGGCGGGUUGAGGUGGCGACGGGCGCAGUGACAACGUUCGCUGGACGCGGCGACGAGGGCGACGCGGAUGGCGUGGGCGACGCGGCGCAGUUUGCCAGCCCCUACGGAGUCGCCAUCAGCCCCGACGGCGGCGCGCUGUUUGUGGCGGACAGCGGCAACGACAAGAUCCGGCGGGUUGAGGUGGCGACGGGAGAGGUGACGACUGUCGCGGGCAGUGGCACUGCUGGCAGCGCUGACGGCGUGGGCGACGCGGCGGGGUUCGCCAGCCCAGUCGAAGUCGCCAUCAGCCCCGACGGCAGCACGCUGUUGGUCGCGGAUGGCGACCUCCGCCAUGUCUGCGUGGCGGCGCCUCCUCCGCCUCCCUCCUUUGCCCCGAUCGUCGUUCCGCCCUCCACCUUCUCCGCCGACAUGGCGAAGACGUGGGGCGACGCCACCCUCCCGCAGGGCAUGGUUACCUUCCUGGUCGGCGACGACGAGGAGCGCAUCGAGCACGUGAGCAAGAACAACCUCUGCGCCCGGUCCCCGGUCUUUCGGACCAUGUUUGGCAUCGGCAUGAAGGAGCGCGACGCCGCCGAGGUCACGGUGUCCCACACCGACCUCGCCAGCUUCACUGCCCUCGUCCGCUACCUCCUCACCGACCAGUUCAACCUCGGCGAGGAGGAGGGCAGGGCGCAGCGCGCGCUCGACCUGCGGGAGCUGGCGCAGAUGUACCAGGUGCCGCGCCUCGAGCUGCUCUGCGCGCAGGCGCUGCAGGAGAGCGUCGGGCCGGCGACUGCCGUGCCGCUGCUCGAGGCGGCGCACACGACGGGCGACGGGCGCCUCCUCGCGCAGUGCCGCCGCUACGUGGCCGACCACGCCGCCGAGGUGCGGGCGAGCGGCGGCGUGGAGCAGCUGCGCGACUUUGGCGUGGCCAAGGGGCUGCUCGGCGACGCGCUCGACCAGGUGGCGGAGCUCAAGGGGACG